AUGUUGUCCAACAUGGACUACGAGGACCUAAAAUUGGACGACAAAGUACCUGCCACCACAGACAACAACCUGGACAUGAACAACAUACUUGAAAACGACGAGCUGAUACUAGACGGGUUGAACAUGACAUUGCUCGACAAUGGCGACCACGUAAACGAAGAGUUUGAUGUAGACAGCUUUUUAAACCAGUUUGGCAAUUAA